GGAGAGAGCCUGCCACAAGCGGUGUGCCUGUCGCUUCCAGGGCAUUGGGUGAGAAUCCACAGCCCAGCCAUGCCGGGCCUGUACACAGCUGUGCUUGGGCUCCUGGUCCUCCUGCCCCUUGUGGGGAAUAUCUUCUUCCCCUACCUUUGGUUGGACCUGGUCUUUCUCUUCUCCAUAAUACAAACGGGAUACGGAAUCAAGAAGCGUCUCCAACGCAAACCUCCCGUCACCAUGCUGGACGUCUUCUUGGACAAAGUCCAGAAACACCCAGAGAAGCCCCUGAUUCUCUUCGAAGACAAGUCCUUUUCCUACCGAGAAGUCGACCGGCGCAGCAGCCAGGUGGCCCAAGUGCUCCAGGGCCACGUGGGGCUGAAAGAAGGGGAAACGGCAGCUGUUUUCUUGAAGAACAUCCCAGCCUAUCUCUGGGUCUGGCUGGGCUUGGGGAAGAUUGGCUGUGCCAUGGCCUGCAUCAACUACAACAUCCGACUGAAGUCUCUCUUGCAUGUGCUCAGUACCUGUGAGGCCAAAGUGUUACUGACCACGCCAGAUUUGAAGUUGGCCAUUGAGGAUGUCCUGCCUACUCUACAGAAGGAAGGGGUACGGGUAUUCUACCUGAGCGAUGGCUCCCCAACGAAGGGCGUGGAAGCUUUGCUGGGAAAAAUCAAAUCCAGCUCAGCUGAACCAGUGCCUCUUUCCUGCAGAGCCAAUACAACUCCUACAUCUGCAUCCCUUUAUGUUUUUACCUCUGGGACCACAGGGCUACCAAAAGCUGCUAUCAUCAACCAGAAGAAGAUGUUGUUUGUAGCCAACCUGUUCGGCCUGUGUGGGGGCCAUUCCAAGGAUACCAUGUACGCUCCACUUCCCUUGUACCACAUGGCUGCAUUUGCUGGGAUUUUAGGAUGUGUGGAAGUUGGAGCUACAUUUGUCCUGAAGUCAAAGUUUUCUGUUUCCCAGUACUGGGAUGAUUGCAGACGAUACCGUGUCUCUGUGAUCCAGUAUAUCGGAGAAACUAUGCGCUACCUGUGCAACGCACCAAAGAAGGACAGUGACCACAACCACAAUGUUCGAGUAGCGAUCGGUAACGGCAUGCGGUCGGAGGUCUGGAAGGAGUUCUUGCGCCGAUUUGGACCCAUCCAAAUCAGAGAGCUCUAUGGUUCCACAGAGGGGAAUGCUGGGUUUUUGAACUACACAGGGAAAGUUGGAGCUGUGGGAAGGACCAACUUCAUCUACAAGAAACUGGUGCAGUAUGAACUUAUUCAAUAUGACAUUGAGAAGGAUGAGCCUGUGAGGGAUGAGAGAGGGCUUUGCAUCCCCGUGGCUUUGGGUGAGACAGGUUUACUGCUGGCCAAGAUCACUAGGCUCAACCCAUUCUUUGGUUACGCAGGAGACCACAAGGAAACAGAAAAGAAGAUUCUUAGGGAUGUCUUGAAGAAAGGAGAUGCCUACUUCAACAGUGGUGACCUUAUGAUGCAAGACCAUGAAGGCUUUAUAUACUUCAAGGAUCGGGUGGGAGACACUUUCCGCUGGAAAGGGGAGAAUGUGGCCACAACAGAGGUUGAGAUGACCCUGGCAACCCUGGACUUUAUUCAAGAAGUCAACGUUUAUGGGGUGCCCGUGCCAGGGCAUGAAGGUAAGAUUGGGAUGGCAGCCAUACGGCUGAAGGAGGGGCUGUCCUUUGAUGGCAAGAAGCUGUAUAUACAUGCCAAGCAUUAUUUGUCAAGUUACGCCAUACCCCGCUUCAUUCGUAUCCAGGAGGCCCUGGAGAUCACAGGAACUUUCAAGCAGUGCAAAACUCAGCUGGUGAAGGAAGCAUUCAAACCUGCCAUCAUCAGUGAUCCCCUCUUCUUCCUCGAUGACUCAGAAAAAUGUUAUGUGCCGAUGACUCAGCAGAUUUACAGUUCCAUCACAGAGAAGAAGCUCAAGCUGUGAAAGGGGCUUCCAGGCACACUGAGCGGC